AGUUAAGUAGAAUUAACUGCUUCACACAGCAUUAGUGUUGCAACGGCUGCUUCAUUGUUUUCUUGCCAGGCAAUGGCUGAUGAACACAAACCGUUCUCUGAGUUCCAUAGAUGCCAGCAAUGUCGAUGGAGGUGUCAAAGGUGUUUUGAUCAAGGCUUUUGGAAUUUGAUCUUGUGAUGGAGAAGAGUAAAAAAUUGCAGAAGAGCUACUUUGAUGUGUUGGGUCUGUGCUGCUCCUCUGAAGUACCACUCAUUGAAAACAUCUUAAAGCCACUUGAAGGAAUCAAAGAGGUUUCUGUCAUAGUUCCUUCACGAACUGUCAUUGUUCUGCAUGACACUCUUGUCAUUUCGCAACUUCAAAUCGUUAAGGCAUUGAAUCAAGCGAGAUUAGAAGCUAAUAUCAGAGUACAUGGAGAUCAAAAUCAUGGAAAAAGAUGGCCAAGCCCUUAUUCAAUUGUUUCGGGUGUUUUACUUUUGGUUUCUUUUCUGAAAUUUGUGUACCCUCCUUUCAAGUAUGUAGCACUUGGUGCAGUUGCUGCUGGUAUUUACCCUAUCGUCCUAAAGGCCUUUGUCUCCAUUCGUAAUGUUAGGGUUGACAUUAGCAUUCUCAUGAUCAUAGCAGUUAUUGGGACAAUUGCUAUGGAUGAUUAUUUGGAAGCUGGCACCAUCGUUUUCCUCUUCUCAAUUGCAGAAUGGCUAGAAUCAAGGGCAAGCCACAAGGCAACUGCAGCAAUGUCGUCUUUGAUGAACAUAGCCCCUCAAAAAGCAGUCAUAGCUGAAACGGGAGAGGUUGUGGAUGCUGAUGAGGUGAAAGUAAAUACCAUUUUAGCUGUUAAAGCAGGUGAGGUGAUACCCAUUGAUGGAGUUGUUCUAGAUGGAACCUGUGAAGUUGACGAGAAAACUUUGACUGGGGAAUCAUUCCCUGUGGCAAAACAAAAGGAUUCUAUUGUAUGGGCUGGCACCAUCAAUUUGAAUGGUUAUAUCAGUCUGAAAACUACUGCACUGGCUGAAGAUUGUGUGGUGGCUAAAAUGACAAAACUUGUGGAAGAAGCUCAAAACAGCAAAACAAACGUUCAGACAUUGAUUGAUAAAUUUGUCAAGUUUUAUACCCCAGCCGUUGUAAUCAUAUCAACCCUUGUAGCAGUGAUUCCACUUGCGUUAAAAUCACGGAGAGAGAACUACUGGUUUCACUCAGCGCUGGUUGUUUUAGUGAGUGCAUGCCCAUGUGCACUCAUCCUUUCAACUCCAGUUGCAACCUUUUGUGCUUACAACAGAGCAGCCACAUCAGGUCUUCUCAUCAAAGGGGGUCAUCAUCUUGAAACACUUGCAAAAAUCAAGGUCAUGGCCUUUGACAAAACAGGUACCAUAACGAAGGGUGAUUUUGUGGUCACAGAGUUUCAAUCUCUUUCAGAUGACUUGGAUUUCAACACAUUGCUUUACUGGGUGUCAAGUGUAGAGAGCAAGUCAAGCCAUCCACUGGCAUCUGCCGUUGUUGAUUAUGGAAGGUCUCUCUCCGUUGAACCAGAGCCAGAAAAGGUGACAGAAUUUGAAAACUUUCCUGGGGAAGGAAUUAGUGGAAAAAUGGAUGACAGAGUUAUUUACAUCGGAAAUAAAAAAAUUGCCGCAAGAGCCGGAUCUGAAACAGUUCCAAUAUUACAAGGAGAAAAUGUAAGAGGAAAAACCACUGGAUACAUAUACUUAGGAGCAACCCCAGUUGGAUUUUUCUCUCUGUCAGAUGUUUGCAGGUUAGGUGUUGAGGAAGCAAUUGGGCAGUUGAAGUUAAUGGGAAUCAAAACAGCCAUGCUCACUGGAGACAGUGAAUCUGCUGCAAUGCAAGCACAGGAGCAGUUGGGACAUUCUCUGGAAUUAGUCCAUGCAGAACUGUUGCCAGAGGACAAGGUGAAAAUCAUCUCAGAAUUUAAGAAAGAAGGUCCGACAGCCAUGAUCGGUGAUGGUAUAAACGAUGCGCCGGCAUUAGCUUCAGCUGAUAUUGGAAUCUCAAUGGGCAUUUCAGGUUCUGCACUUGCAAGUGAAACCGGCAAUAUAAUUCUUAUGUCAAAUGACAUUAAGAAGAUACCUGAAGCCAUUAAGCUUGCAAGAAAAACACGAUGGAAAGUGCUUCAGAAUAUUAUUUUGUCGAUCACAACCAAGGCUGCGAUUAUUGGUUUGGCCAUUGGUGGUUAUCCAUAUGUUUGGGCAGCAGUGGUUGCUGAUGUUGGAACGUGUCUAGUGGUUAUCUUCAACAGUAUGUUACUUCUUCCAAGAGGCCAUAAACAUGGAGGAAAAUCUUGCAGAUCUUCAACUAAGUCUCAUAACCACAAAAGUGGGUGUGGUGGCACUCAUGACCAUGAUCAUGCUCACCACCAACAUCAACAUUGUCAUGAUCACCAUCACCAUCAACACAAGCUUGAGCAUGAUCACCACCAUCAACAUAAGCAUGAGCAUGAUCACCACCAUCAACACAAGCAUGAGCAUGAUCACCACCAUCAACAUAAGCAUGAGCAUGAGCAUGAUCUUCAUCAACAUCAACAUGAUCAUGAGCAUGAUCACCACCAUCAACAUAAGCAUGAGCAUGAUCACGACCAUCAACAUAAGCAUGAGCAUGAUCACCACCAUCAACAUAAGCAUGAGCAUGAUCACGAUCAUCAACAUAAGCAUGAGCAUGAUCACCACCAUCAACAUAAGCAUGAGCAUGAGCAUGAGCAUGAUCUUCAUCAACAUCAACAUGGUCAUGAGCAUGAUCACCACCAGCGUCAAGAUGAGCAUGAUCACCAUUACCACACCGAUAACCACUGCCACCCUAUCCCUGGUUGUGAAAACCUGAAAGACCAUAAAUGCAGAAGUGUUUUACAUUGCAAUCAAGACAUGAAUCAUAACAAGUCAGUUUGUCAUCCAAACAAUGAGAAGAAUGGGACAGGUGAAAUAUCCGUUGGCAUCAUCGUUGAACAUGUUGAAUCAGCUCCAAUGAACGGUUGUUCAAGUUUGGCAGAAAAAGAGAAAGGUUCCUGUUGUGAAGGCUGCUCAGACACAUGCGAGAAUUUGGUUAUUGUGUGUGGCUGUGAGAGUUCAAAAGAGGGAGAAGACCGUGCAUGUUGCAGAAAUGAAUGCUCUUCAAAAGCAUGCAACGAAUCUUCAAUUAUUCAUGGUUGUGUUGGUUUGGAUAAGAGAGAAUAUGGUGGAUGUUGCAAGAGUUACAUGAACGAAUGCUGUGGCAAACUUGGACACUCAAGAACUGGUUUUGUUGGAGGUUUGUCAGAAAUUAUGACAGAAUAGAUGUGACAGCGUAAGAUGUCAUGCUUGUUCUUGCAAAAUUAUAUUUUAAGUAGCAGGUUCUUGGUGGUACAUAGUUUCAGGUGUUAAUUGAAAUGAACCAAAAUGAUGUUUGCGACCUCCAUUUUACCAGACAGGUCUGCGGGAGCUUGAUAUCAUCAGUUAGAUGUUUCAGUAAAUCUCAUAUGUGUUUUAAUUUGGGGAAGGAAUUUUGAUUUCUUCUUAAAGUUGUUUAUGUACAUGUUCAGGGUCU